UCGAGCGCCGCGUGCCUUCCGCGGCCGCCCAUUGGUCGGAUCCGCACCUGCUCGGAUUGGCACGGUCGUGGAGGGGCGCCAUUAGCUCUCUAGUACCGUGGAUAAGGCAUAGAGGGCCAUAGACGAACAUACAUGGGUCAUAAAGGAUUCGAAGAAGUAGAGGAGAAGGACGCGUAAGAAAUAGUCCGCAAUAGGGUUUAAACGACGUUGUUGUUGUUUGUUGAUAUUGCUGAGUGGCCGCCGGUCGUAAAAAGCGUGUGCUACAGUGAUCAUUAUACCGACGAUCUAACCGGACUAUGAUAAGUGCGCGACGGUACAGUGACUGGAACCUUGCACGUCAGCAAUGAGUUCCAAAUUCAUCAUCGAUAGCAUGCUUCCCAAGUACCAUCAACAGUUUCAUCAUCAGCAGCUGUUCCAAAGUCCCGCCAGCACCUCGUCCAUCGAAGCCAGCCUCGCUUCCGUCGUAAACUACAGCUCAUCGGGCUCGCCGACCGGCUCAUCGCCACAACACUCCAGCAGCAGCGCCUCAUCCACAUCGCCCGCCUCCAGGAUGUAUCCGUACGUGUCGGCGGCCACGGCGGCGGCCCACCACCAUCACCAGCAACAGGCCGUGGCUGCGGCAGCCUUCAACGCCGCCGCGGCCACCGGUUCCAUGGUACCCGGUGCGUUUCCGACCAGUGCCAGUACCGCCGCAUUGGCGGCCGCCGCCGCCGUCGACGCCGCCACCGACAAGUCCUGCAGGUACACGGCCGGACUGGCCGGCAAUGUGGCGCCCACCGAUUCCAUGGUUAACUACACGUUGGGCCACCACCAUCAGAACGGUGCCGCCGUGUCGGCCGCCAGUUCGGUGAGCGCCGCUUCCGCCUCCAUGGCGGUGGCGGCUCAGUUCUAUCACCAGGCCGCCAGUGCCGUUGUGGAUCCUCUCAACUCGUGCUCCCAGCCGACCGCUCCCGGCGGACAGCCCAUACCGGACAUACCCAGGUAUCCGUGGAUGUCAAUCACAGACUGGAUGAGUCCCUUUGAUCGGGUCGUCUGUGGUGAGUACAAUGGUCCAAACGGUUGCCCAAGACGACGCGGCAGACAGACCUACACCAGAUUCCAGACCUUGGAACUGGAGAAGGAGUUCCACUUCAACCACUACCUGACACGCAGAAGACGAAUCGAAAUCGCACACGCUCUCUGCCUGACGGAACGACAGAUCAAAAUCUGGUUCCAGAACAGACGGAUGAAGCUAAAGAAAGAACUGCGGGCGGUCAAGGAGAUAAACGAGCAGGCCAGACGGGAGCGGGAGGAGCAGGAGAGGCACAAACAGCAACAGCAGGAGAAACAGCAGAAGAUCGAGCAACAGACGCACUCGUCGAUCCAUCAGCACAUACACGACCCGAUGAAGAUCGGCCUGGAGAAGACGGGCAGCUCGGACCUGCUGAAGGCCGUCAGCAAAGUUCCGACAUAAAACGUGGAUGGCCGAGCUGGAUGCAUCAGAGACUAAAGUUGAGACAGUGAUGUGUUGGGCUAGAAUUUGUGUUUUUAAAUCAAUUAUUGGACCCACUGGAAGGUUUCCCUUUUAUAAACUAUGCAACAAAAUUCCGGGAUCACCCCCAGGUGGAGGUCCCCCGAAUUUUUUGUGCAGUGUAUAUAGCUUCGUUAUACUAUUUGUGUUUUAUUCGUUGUACAUAAUAGUAGUGUGUUCACGUUGAUAUUUUAUACUUAAAAGUAAUUUUAUAGUAUUUUUUUUAUUUAAGUUGUUUUAUCAAUCAGUUUUUCUGAUUUAAAUUUAUCAGUGUUUUGUUACGUAACAUUGUUGUGAUUAAUUUUUUAUGCAUUCUUAAAUGCACUUCCUUUAUUGUUUUCUGUACAGGGUGUUCCCCAGCUGCGUUUUACCCACCAUUUUAUUAAUUUAUACAUAAUUACAGACUCCUUUUUUCGUUGACCUGGUGCGCCUUGUACAAUUUAUUUAUAUAAAAAACCGAAUAGGCGUUAAAGGUAGAUUAUGUACUUAUGUAUUUUGUUGUAUUUAUCUGAAACAGAAUGGUCUAUUUUUUGAAGUAACUGUUUAUAAGUCUGCCUUUACAUAUUCGGUAGCCGUACUAAAAGGAUGUUUCAAUUUCAAAUUGUUUUCGGAUAUCCUAAGUUGCCUGUUGAUUUCUUGUUCGGUUCUUUUAUCUUGUGCCAAGCUUUUUGAAGCAACCAGCCAUAUAAAAAAAUGUCAAACUCAGAAAGUUGAAUAUAUUUUUACAUAGGACGGUUUUCACCAAAAAUAAUAAAAAAAAAUAUUAAAUGAUACAAACACGGCCGAGUUUUUAAACUCUUAGUACUAUUAUACGUAAUUUGGUGUCAGGGUAGAGACCUACAAAUAACAUUUUAGUAGAAUUAAAUAAAAACGAAAUUAACUCUUUAGUAAUAAAUACAUAAUAUGCGUAAUUCCUUCUAUGAUAAAAAUAGCUAUUACUGUAUCUCCCUCGUCUAUUUGUAAAAUAUUUUCUUAGACUAUUCGAUGUUGUUUUUCGUGUGAAACUAUGUAAUAGUUGAUCAGGCCAUCGAGCCCACUUCACAAUUAGAUACGUAAAAUUGUACAAUAUUUUCCAAAAAAAAAAAAAUAAAUCACAAAUUGUAAAUGUAAAAGAUAAAGUUAUGUACAUUUUUUUUUUGUUUAAUAUGUAAAAAUAAACAUGUAUACGCGAAUUUCGUUACUUCUUCGUAACUGCUAUGCUAUUCCUCCGAAGACAAAAUUAUGAGCAACAUCACCGCCAAGUUUCCCAACAUUUAAAUUAUGAAAAUGCUUCAGCGAUGUUCUCCCCGAUAUCCCGGUGAUGUCUGGAUCAAGACCAUUUUAAUCCUAGAUUAAUAUUUAUAUCCACAAAAACUCGUAUCCAUUUAAAAUCAAAUUGGUCCAGGAAUCGUCGGGAUUGUUUUUGUCCUGUGGAUGACUACGUACGCCAAUUUUUUGGUUUUGGAUAGUAUGUUGUAAAAAUAAUUGGGCUAUUAAAAUUGGAUGAUUUUCUUUACGUCAUUGAUAUUGUACAGAAUACAUGUGUAUAUAUUAGUUAGGCUCUGUAGUCGUAUUAUUAUAUUUAAUUCCCCCUAAAAUAUUCGAGCAACAUUGGACUGAUUAAUGCUUUUAAGAAACAAAAGCUUUUUAGAGGUAGUUAGAGACAGUUUAGAAAUCAGUAUAUUGUAGUACAAGUACCAUUUUACUUGCCGUUUAUUAAUUUAUUUUUUUAUUCCCUCGACCAUUUCGUUUGCUAAUUAAUUAAUAUUCCGGCCUUCUUAUUGUACAAAUUCCAUUUCAGUUUUAGGAUUUUACAAAAUUCAACAUCAAUGUGCAGUACUGGAUGUUUCCAGUCGUUGUUGUACUUAUGCAAGUUGUGCAUUGUUCAAUUUUGUAAAACAGAUUGCAGCUCUCUUUAGCCUGUGAUAGAAACUUAUAACUUAAAAAAAAAACGAUAGGUUUAUGACUCUAUUUAUGUAUUGUACAAAAUGACAAAACGGCCGCCGUCACAUGAGGUUCCGAAAAAAUGUUAAACAUUGUUGUUAAUGUGAAUAGUAUGAUAUUGAUAGUGCAAUAAACGACUUGUUUAAUUUAUGUUUUUAUUUUUCUGCCAAGUUUGUUGAGUAUUUAUUAGUUUAGUUUUCGGAAAGAAUGUGCAAUGCCUUUUUAUUAUCGUUUUUGACGAAACGAGAAAACGAUUCAGAGCAUAAUUUUGGUACAAGUGUUGUUAAGUUUUCGUUUUGCUGUUCGGAAUCGAUGUGAUCGUGGUCCGGGCCCGUUCGACUCCGGCUAUAAACCGGAGUGUAGUUCUUUCGAUUGUCAAUUUAUGAUUAAUUUUGUGAAAAAUUAUUGUCAUAUCAUUUUAUCACAGUAUGUUUAUAAUUAAAUUAAAAGUCUGUAUGAUUGUAAUUAAUCGUAAAGUAAGAGAAAUGUUUAUAAAUAUCGUAAGUAGUAUAAGUGUACAUGUUUCGUACUUGUAUGACGUAGAAAUCCUACUUCAUACCUGCUCUCAAAAGCCGAAUUAUUCUUGAAUGUACUAUAAUAAACAGUUGACUGUACACGCUAUAUCUAUAUAUAGUGUUACGUUUGCUUUGAUGCCAUGUUUCUUAUAAUAACUGUAUAACCUUAUAAUAAUGUAAUUGUACAGAUUGUCUGAACUGAAUAAAUAUUUCUUUGGAAAAAUAAA